UACAUUGCUCAUCAAUGAAGGUUGCAAUAGCCGUAUUACUGCUGACAUACUGCCAAGUUCGCGGAGAUGUCAUGCGAAGAAAUGAACGACUUGAGAGCGCAGACAAUGCCAAUGGACGUUCAACUGGAGUAAGCAGGAACGCCAGUGCAGAUGUCGAGAGAGAAUCCGAAGUCGUCGUCGAUAGCCGGAAAGGACUAGUAGAAACUGUCUCGGAAAGGGAGAAGCGGUCUGAUGAGAAAAUGCAUUUGCAAAGACAUACAGGAAUGCACGACUUGAAGCGGGAUGUGAGAUCUAACAAAUUUGAGGCUUUUGAUGGAGACGACGAGGAGGAUGUUGAUGAAGGGAUACAAGACAGAAAGCGAAAAAGGUUGUUUGAGUUUGAUGAUUAUGACGAAGAUGACGAAGAUGAUAAAGAAUAUUACGAAAAUGAGGCACUGAAUGGAAGAAUUCAUAACCUUUUUGUGGUUUUCGAUUUUAGUAAGAAGGAUGCCGAAGCGAAAGCAGCACUGAUUAGUAUGCUUCAAAAGCUUGUGGAAGGCGGUGAUAGAAUUGAAGAAAUAAAUGUUGACGACGAUGCUAGUUCUGAUGCAUUUGCUCAAAGUCCUGAUAUGGUUGGAAUCGGAAAGCCUUUCAACUAUGAGGAUAAUGAAGAUUAUGCUGAAGAAGAGGAGGUACGAGCUCGCGGUAGAAAGACGCAGUCCUCAAAGACACGGCAAUCGAGGCGAAGAAUGUCUAAAAAGAAAGAAGGAAAACAAAUAACACAAAGUUUGUGCCGCAAGAAGAAUAAGCGUAUAAUAGCAAAACGAGAAAUUAGCGGAUUGUGCCACAAGAAGCAUAAGCGUAUGAUAGCAAAACUAGAAAUUAGCGGAUGCAAAGGAGCAGUUGAAUUCUCUGAGAUGAUCUGUGCUGACUAUAACGCUUGCAUUUCAAAGAAUGGAAAUAACUGUGAGGCCCUGAUCUGCCCAAAAUUCAAAUCGGUAUCGAAAAGGGAAAGCUGCUACAAUCAACUGUUUGACUGUGAUAAUUGAAAGCAAUAAAGUUUGCUUAGAAGUGUAUCCUAAACUAAAAGCGUUAAUCUGAUUGUUGUGCU